CUGCCAAGACUCGUGGAUCAUAUCUACGUGUUCAUUUUAAAAAUACGCGCGAAACUGCCAUGGCGAUCUCUGGCAAAAAGCUUAAUAAGGCUAUUAAGUACCUAGAAGAUGUGAAGGAGCAUAAACAAGCAGUGCCUUUCCGACGCUUUAAUGGUGGUGUUGGUCGUUGCGCUCAAGCUAAAGCUUUUGGUGCUACACAAGGUUCACUCAAGCGAUUGGAUGUUGACAAUUUAGUAAUCUCCCAUAUUCAAGUCAACCAAGCUCCAAAACAGAGACGAAGAACUUAUCGUGCUCAUGGUGUUAGUAAUUUUUGCCAUUAA